AUGAAUCGUCCAUGUAAACGGAGACGGCUGUCUCCGAAAACUCCAAAAAUGGUAGACCGAUUGAUGAGUCAAUACAGAAUCAGAUUUGAAGCGUCAGAUCUUUCCGAGACUUGGCCUCAGUAUCAUUCAGCAAUUUUUACCGCCAUCAAGAAUAUGAAACAUGUCAUCUACACCAAAUACGUUGAACGGCCUCAAUCCCAUAGCCGGCAGAAGUCAAAAAUUAUAAAGAAGGCCAAUAAAAUUGUUUCUGCGGCGGAGUGCUGUCGAAAUGUCGACACCAAUGAGCAAACUUGGAGGCACGAGACAGAAUCUAUUCUUAUUACACAGGUAUUUGCGGAGAAAAUGGAGUGUGAAAAGUGCACAUUACGGCUAUGGCUACCCGAGUAUCACUCUAUGGACAUCAAAUUUGUGGAAGUGCAAGGAGAAAAUUCACCCUUGACUUUAUGCAAGUGUGUUGAAAAUGAUCAACCUGGAUACAAGAUUUCCGCCAAUCAACGUACAUUUUCGUCGAAGCUGGAUGCGGCAGUACUCCCACACUCGUCUAUUCCUGAGAUAGGGACCAUAAAGCCAGACCACAUCAUCGGGUUUCAAAAAUCUCCAUCGCUGGAUGCUGCUCUUCAAAUGCAUUCAGAUCUAGAAUCUAGUCCUGGGGGAAAUGCCAACCACAUCAAGUUUCCUUUCCUUGUCCUGGAAGCUAAAUCAGAGACUCAAAGUUGCGGCUUUCGUGCUGUUGAGAAGCAAACUGCCUUUCCUAUCAAAAGGCUCGUUGAUAUUCAAAAGAACCUCCGGGAAAUGGGUAAGGAGUCAACGGAGAGAGCCUUGGUUUGGUUUCUGGCUUAUAUUGGCGAUGAAUGGAGGCGAAUCAUCGAUCUCUGGCAUGGAUCCAUUUUGAAGCGCGAUGAAGCAUUACAACUUUGCAUAAUCAUUGACCUGAUAUGUGAUUGGGCUUGGGAUAUCCUUCACAGAGAUAUUAUUCGGUUGCUUUCAAGGGGACAUAAAACCAUACUAAACAAACCGACCACGAAAGAAUAUGAUCAAGGUUAUGCUCCCUCGCCUUCGAAACGUGAGACUAUCAUUCGAAAUGCUAGCGAAGUAUUUUUCUCAUUUCGUCAUCUGGAACUACCUGAGUCGAGCCGCGAAUUAGCCGAAAUCCUGGAAUCACCUAGCUUGGGAGGUAAAAACAUUACUGCCAAUGCUAUCAAGCUUCUAGAUCUCUUUAAUCUAAAGCAGCCCCUUUUGCUCCCACGAAGCUUCAUAUCUGAGCUGGAAAAGAUGUGGACUUGUGCGAGCAAUAAAUACCCGCUGCUUCACAGUGAUAUGUCAUCAUUCGCGCACAUUUCAUUCCAAUCGUACUUUCGGCCAAGCGACUUCCAUACUGUACGAGAGAUCUCAUGCAUCACUGCAUCUCGUGGUGCAAUAAGAGUCCUGGAGCAGAUGAUUGGGAGGACGACUCGUGAUUCUCCAUGCUUGCUAGAUAUCUCUAUCUCUAUCAGGCUUGAGGAUGUGCUCCCUUUGGCAACAGGGUCCGGUCAAGACUCUAUCAGAGCAGCCGCCAGGAAUUUACAUCUCGCGCUGCGUACAAUGCCUAAAAGCAUGAUAAUCUGGAAGGACUUUUUGGAGGUUGAUCAGGUUUUAAAAUGUAAAUGGGAACAAGCUUAUUACCAAGGGGAAUAUGUAUCCAGUUUCUGGAACAAUAUCGACUCCCGUUCUCCUGACAACCCAUUACUUCUCAAAUUGCGCCGCUGCAGCGAGCGCCGCUCCAGCGAGUUACGCACAUUAUCGAUUGCAAAUGAAUUCUCGUAUAAGACCAUACGUGAGUUCCUCGGGGGAAAGAAAGAAGAUUUUCCAUACGGUGCUGUCAUUCUCAAGAUCCCAACACAAUUACUUCAGCCACUUUACCCUCAGUAUUGCUUGGCUGUGUUUGACGGUUACAAUCUUGAUGAUAGAUCUGCUCUUGGUAAAAAGCUAUCGCAACUGAUUCAGAAAGGUCGGCUGUUUGAGGGAAACUCCAGGAAAGAGAUCACUAACCAAGACCAUCAGUUACUCCAUGACUGGGAAACUCGGCUACGGGGAAAUAAUGGGUUAUCGACAUAA